GGCUCCUUUGGGCGGGAGCCAAUUUGAAAAUUUGAAAUCUGUUGUGCUGCUGGGCCACUGGUCGCUCCGAGUCCAGGUCACAGUGAAGACGUAGGCUGACUUGAGAACUUGAAGUUGAACAGGAUGCCGCCUUCCAAAACCAAAAUUGCAGAAAGGGAGAGGGGUGUAGGCGCGUCCUGGUGGCGGCGAGUGACAGUGACAAACGCAAAAGCACUCAGUGUACAGGGCGGGAGUCGAAGGUUUCACUGCCAAGAACGUGAUGCAUCCCUGCACCUGUUGGCGUCAAGUUCGCUAAUAUAAGCUCUUCUGCUUAGGUGGCUGGCAUACUAAGAUCAAGAGGAACGCAGAGGCAUUGUUGCACCCAGAGCUACCAUAACAGGCCAGAAACAUGGCACAGGGGAUGGCGCAGGCGCGACUUAUGCAGGAACGAAAAGCAUGGAGGAAGGACCAUCCCCACGGGUGGUUGGCAAAACCAAAGAAGCAAGCAGAUGGUACAGAGAACCUGCUGGUUUGGGAGUGCAUGAUCACUGGCCCUGAAAAGACACCUUGGGAAGGGGGCGCGUUUCCAGUGACUCUCAAAUUUUCUGCGGACUAUCCAGCUAGGUCCCCAGAAUGCGCCUUUCCGGCUGGAUUCUUCCAUCCCAAUGUCUACCCCUCUGGAAAGAUCUGCUUGAGCAUCAUCAACCCCCCCGAGAACAAGGGAACCUGGAAACCGUCUAUCACUGUCAAACAGAUCCUUUGCGGGAUCCAGAGCUUACUCAACAGUCCAAACAAUGCUGAUGCUGCGCAACAGGCAGCUUAUGACCUAUACGGGCGGAGCAAGUCCGAGUAUGAAGCAAAGGUACGAAGAGAGGUGGCCAAGAAGUGGAAGCCCCACCUGGCUGACGUGACCAACAUAUCUUAGAAAGUUGAAAGAAAGGCUGGAGGUUGAGCGGUGCUUGUUGAUCGUAAUUUGCAGCUCAAGAAUGGCCACGCCACGGAAACCAUGCGACGCUAUUUGUGGCCAGAGUCCAGAAUUGUAAGUGUAUCAGCUCAAGUUGAAAUCCCUGGAACUAAGGGUUGGUGUCGCAGCCUACUGGAUGUAACGUUAUUUCGCAGAAAGGUAUGGGCAAUGCCGCCUAAGAGAUCAUAGCACCGGUAGAUUAAGUUCUUGAAAUCAUUCAGCGGGGGACUUGUUUAUGCUGUUCCAAAACAGAACGAAUCUGCUAUUUUGCCAGUUCCACAUUUACAGGUGGUUCUUGGAAGGUAUGUACUUGGAUCUUUGGAAGAUGUGUCGUGAAGGGGAUCUGAGACAUCAUGUGCAAUUUAUUGGGAAAAUACGAGG